UGAAGCGAAAGCAGAAGCAUGGCGGCCUUCUGUGGUGAUUUCGAACUUUGGCUGUCCGAUAAAUUACGGGCAUUAAAUAUAGACCCCGACGUAUUUGGAAGUUACAUUACUGGCAUUUUGGAAGGAAAUGAAACGGAAGAAGAAAAAUCAGAGGCACUGCAGGGCAUCCUGACAGAAGUCUGCGAAGAAGGCAUAGGGGAAAUUGGAGAAGAAAUUUUCAGCAAGUGGUCGGCACUGAACAAGGACGUUGAAGCGAACGGCGACCAGAAACAUGAAAAAUGUAGCGUAGAAGCACAGUUGGUGAGCAUAAUGGAAGAACAGGCAAAGUCAGUUGUUUCUGAGAAAGUUCUAAGUCCCGAAGAAGUCAAGCUCAGACAAGCCAUUCUUGCACAGUAUGCAGAGGUUUCUGACGGAGAAGAGGAUGAGUUUGCACCAGAUAUUAAACCAGCAGUUGCUGUUGCCGCAACAUCAGUGACUGGGGUCAGCAUCCCCAAAGAUAAACAUGCCUCAAAAUCUCUGGAACGCAACACAAACGCCGAAACAGUUUUGCAAGCCGAAAAGGAGAAGAGAGACAAGAACAAGCAGGACCACGAGCGUAAGAAGGCUCAGGAUAAAGUAAACAGAGAGAAACAGAAACAGCAACAACAAGAGCGCAAGGACCGUGAGAAGAAACGUACCCAGAAAGGAGAACGCCGCCGGUAGCAAGCCGACCAAUGUACUCGUUGCCCCUCCCUUCACCCAAGCUGUACCCUGCUUAUGCUCAAUUCGAGGAGGACGGCGCCACCUAUCGUUCGGUGCUCCGAGGAAGUCCGAUAACAACUGCGGAAGUGCCGGGCACGUGGCUGGUGCUCCGCAGUUGUCAUUGGCCCCCCCCUUGUCGAGGAAUGGUUGUGAUUGAAAUUGCAGAAAGGAUUGCAGUUGGACUGAGUCACGCGUCUCCUGUUCAGAUGAGUGAAUGAUCUGUUGUCAGGUGCGAGGGAGCGUCAAGAACUUGGGCAUUCGAAACUAUAAACAUAUGGUGCGCUUGUGAAUAGGAGAAGUCUGUCAAUCGUGUGUGGAAGUAGAACUGAUUCUAAAGGUGUUUGAAAGAAAUGAAAAUGCAUUCGUUACGUAUUCGAAAUUUUGCCGACCCCAUAUGUCGAUGGUUUCAAUGUAUGAGUGUAGUCUAGAAAAAGUGUACCAAUUUGUAUUAUUACGCGGGCUGCAUAUUUUUGAGCAGCGGUGAUACGAGAGUCGUGUAUUGCACUAACGAAUAAUGAAUACUCAGUCCCAGAAAGGUGCUUGCAUAGUGGGCAUUGUAUCGUAGGAGUUGGUGGCAAGUGAGAAGAGAUAUCACCCAGUACCUUUUAGUGGAUGUUCCUUUUUGUUUUCAUCUCGUAGCGCUGUGGUACAAAAACUGAGCAUAUAUGGCACACCUGUUGCUGUGCGAUACAGUGAGGAAUAAUAUUCUACAACACUACAUAAAACCAGUCUCUUUCCUUUAUGCAGGUUAUUGAUAUGAAGCGUCCACUAUUUAUGAAUGUUAUGUAACUACUAGAGCAAUCGAUGAAAUAUCUCCUUUACUUUAUGCAAACUUAUCAUGUUGCAACACGAUACGCAUUUACGGAGGAAAAUACGGGACACUUUCCGAGUCGUAAAACGUAUUUUUACAGUGUGUCAUCGACUUUGACUAUAAUUGAUCAAAAUGCUUUAUGAUACCCUUACGCUCAUUCUCAUACAUGGCCGUACUAAAAAUGUUUGUUCAACAGUUUUCCGGUGUAUUUGUCCUGUAUCCAGUUUUGGACACCUUACCUCUUGAAGGGUCUUUUUGUGUAUGCCAGUGAGACUCGCAGACGCAAAACAGUGUUGUUCACUUUCUUUUGUUUUACUUCUCUGUCGGUCGAAAAAUAAAAGUGUGUCCCAAGCGCGUCACUAGAGAAGGACACCGAGUCUUGGCAAGACAAGCCUGCUGUAGUCUGUUGUCUCGAGAGUUUUGUAUUCUGCGGACACUUCACCGAGUUGAGCGAGGGCAUCACCGAAAUGAGUUUCUUCCAUGCCAGCUACCUUGAGGAAGUGGUGUAAAUGGGCCUGCAAAAACAAACGUGUAUUCUGUAACGCCGUUUGAAGCUUGGUUCCCCUUGUAACCUCCUAGUAGUCCCGCAUGAAAACACUGGCCCUGUGUUGGUCCGGGCUUUAAAACAAUGCUGCUCGCACUAUUUUCUAUCGAUGUCCCUACCGAUGUGGCUAACGAGAGAGCCAGUAUUAGCCUCGGCUCCGUCGUUACUUUUCAAAUACCCCAUGGUUGAUAACGAGUGUGGUGCGAUACAUUCUUGUUUCCCCCCAAACACUGACACCGUUGACAUGUAGGACCCGGAUAGAGAGGUGGUUUACCUUCCUGGUGUAGAGUUUGGCAGCAUCAGUCCUCAGACGGUCCAUUGUGUGGCGGAUGCAGGUGGCGUUAGCCAGCAUGAGGAGAGAAUGUGGCUGUGCGCCUAUAGGGGGCACAGAACACAGCCCAGUCUUCCAGCCGUCUUGAUUCCAGUGCACAAAGCGUAGUUCAGAGCGAAUCCUACAAAAUAAUUCAGCGUGCAUCAUUGAGGCAGUAGUAGCGGCCUUUUUUUUUCAACAAGCACGACUUAAAUCUGUCUAAAUUUUCAGCAAAAGCGGUUUAGGUUGGUCAGGCAUCGCGUGCUAUUAGUAUGACGCGAUAUUCAACUACAGAUGCGUAUUAAUUACUAGGUUGAAGUGUGAUGAUAUAUGUCGUACUCAUCAUUGUGUACCGUGCAUCACUGUGAUGAUUUGAGCAGAAAAAAAUAUUGUGUUGCUUGAGUGAAAAGUGUUAAUGUUCCUGAUGUGCAUCACAUAGCAUAAAACAGAAUAAAUCGAUUACAGGAACAA